UGUUGUGUGGGCGUCUCAGUGUUCCGUCACACCACACCGAUCUGCUGGUCUUAGCUGAGGAAGGACGAUACAGAGGCAGAGAGUACCAAGACGUGUGCAGAGAUGCUGGCGGACGAUUGGACAAGCCUACGCGAUGUCCAAUACCGCAAGAUUCACCUCUACGACCUGGACUGGGCAGAGGACGAGGAAAGGCACCUAGACCGCUGCCUGGUGGCCGUUGCCAAGUAUGGAGGGGCGGUGGCCAUGGUGCGCGAUGAAACCAAGCUCCUUAAGAUGUCUGCCAAGGACUCCAUCGUCCCUACCCUCCGGGUGUGCAACUGCGCCGGGGGCACGAUUUCCGAGACCCGUCUAGACAAAGCCGUGCAGGCACCGGGAACGGCUUCAGAGCGAGGCCGGCUGCUGACGAUGGGGUGGACGGACGGCGAGAUGCUGGUCAUGGUCCGAGAGAGGGGGGGAGUCGAGGUCCGCGACAUCAUGGGGGAGUUGUCCAAGACUCUGGAGCUGGUGGACGACUCCUCGAGGCGUUCUUCGGAGCCCGACAGAGUGGCGGCCUGCGAGGUGUGGGGGGACGGGGUGGUGGCGCUCAUGGGGAGCGGGAAGGUCAAGGCGGUGUCCGGCAUACACUCCUCUGAGCCAAGGCACUUCAGCAUGGCUGCCGGGUUGGGAGCUAACGCGGCUCCCCUUACUGCCAUGGCCGUGCUCGAGCCACAGUUUACGGCGUCCGGCGCUUUGGAGGUGGUUCUGGCUACUGAAGACGGCAACGUGCUAGCUGUUGACGAGCACGGCGUAGAGGAUAACCUGUUGGAGGAGCCGCUCUUGGAGCCCAUCGUCAAGAUAGCCGUGGCACCGAACGGUCGGUUCCUGGCGUGCUUCUCCCGAGACGGCACGCUGGCCGUCAUGUCGUCCAACUUCGCCACCAAGGUGUUGAACUUCGACACGUCCUCGUCACAGCCGCCAGAGCAGAUGGUGUGGUGUGGGGAGGACAGCGUUCUCCUUCACUUUCGAGGGCUGGGGGUGCUCAUGGUCGGCCCGUACGGGGACUGGACAAGGUUUUCCUAUCCGCCAGAGGCGACCGUCCUUCUCGCGCCAGACUCCGACUGCUGCAAGAUAUUCACCGACGUGGAGUGCGAACUGCUGCAAAGGGUCCCCGUGGCGUUGGAGGCCAUAUCAAGGAUCGGCUCCACCGAUCCCGCGGCAAUGUUGUUCGAUGCCGCCGCGGCCUUCGAAGAGGGCGAUCCCAGGGCAGAUGAGAACAUCCGUGCGAUGGAGCGAGACGGAGACGCAGACGGCGAGGGUCAUCCGCUGCUGGAAGCGGUGCAGUCUUGCAUCGCAGCGGCUGCGGGGGAAUUCGACAUCCCUUCGCAAAAGGCGCUGAUGCGAGCCGCGGGGUACGGCAAGAGCUUCCUGUCGGACUACGACAGCGACGAAUUCGUCGAGUGCUGCCGGAAGCUGAGGGUGCUCAACAACUGCAGGCACAAGUCUUGCGGCAUGCCGCUCACUUCCCAGCAGUACGACAGGCUCACGCCGGAGGUCCUGGUGGACCGAUUAGCGAUGAGACACCUACACCUGCUGGCAGUCCGGGUGUGCGACCACCUCCGCCUUCGGCGAGAUCGCGUGGCCGUACACUGGGCCUGCAAGAAGAUAACCAAGGCUUGCAACGAGGCCUCUGCCGGAGAGCCGGGCGCUCCCACCGACGAAGACUUGACUAGGGAGGUGGUGGAGAAGCUGCGACCCUGCGGACAGAUAUCCUACGCCGAUGUGGCUCGAGCGGCGGAGAGGUCGGGCAGGCGACGAUUAGCCACCAUGCUCUUAGACCUAGAGCCCCUGGCAUCGGAUCAGGUUCCUCUGCUACUUUCGAUGGGAGAGAACGAGCUGGGUCUUAAGAAGGCCAUCCUCUCCGGCGAAGAUGACCUGGUGUACCUUUCGGUGAUGCACAUCGAGCAGGAGGCCGGGUCGUCGGAGAAAGGGAGGGAGGCGUUUUGCGAGCUCAUGCACGCCCACCCGGAGGCCCUCCGCCUGCUCAAGGUGUACUACCGCGAGAAGGGGGGUUACAUGGAGCGGAAGAAGUUGCACAACCUGUGCGUGUUCAGCAAGCAGUACCUGGAGGCGGGCACCUUGGCCGUAAGAAAGGCCUACACGCAGGAACGCCUGGACGGUAGGCUGGAGGGGUUGAAGGAAGCCGAGGGGAUGUUCGCACACCGCAAGGAGCUGGCGUUUCAGCAGGCCUGCACCAAGGAUCAGGCGGAGCUGCUCGAGUAUCAGAGGGAUUUGGAGCGAAAAACGGGUCUGGAUGUGUUCGUGGACAUGUCGGUGAGCGAGACGUUGUACCACCUGAUCGUUGUCGGUGCGACGGGAGGGGUGGAAGGGAGGGACGGGCAGCAGCUCCUUGCCGAGGCCUCGGCGCUGCAGAAGAAGCUCAAGGUCCCCGACAAACGCUUCUGGCACAUUAAGAUUAAGGCGCUGGCCUCCGUGGGGGAGUGGGAGGCCCUCCGAAAGUUCGGGGCCGAGCGCAAGAGCCCCAUCGGUUACAAGCCCUUCGCCUUGGCCUGCAUGCGGAAGAAGCAGACGGGGUUGCUCGGCGAUGACACGGAGCGGUACAUCACUGGCUACAUCGAGAGGAUACCUCAAGCGGAAGAUCGGUACGACCUGUACCUUGAGAACAAAUCGUGGGAGAAGGCGGCUGAGGUAGCAGCGAGACUCAAAGACCCAAGGAGGAUAGCUGAGGUGCGGAGACUAGCCACGCCGGCGGGGACGGCAUCAGCCUCUCAGACAACAUCAGGCGGCAGCGGCGGCGGCGGCGGUGGCGACGGGUUCUCAAGGCCCAAGUAG